UUUCCGUAAAGGGCAGGUAGUUCCCUGGUGGCGGGCUACCCUGUUGUACAUUUGUCUUGUGUUCGCGGACCUCGAAACUGGCUUCAAGUUUCACAUGGUUCAUGGCCAAUAGGGUAGCAUCCUGUUGGACGAUCGACUAUGAAUAUCCACUUAGUUCGUGGAUUUCGCUUUACAUAGUAUUGUAAACCUAUCACAAUGCUGGAGCAAAGGGACUGCGACUGGUCCCUAUCGAAAGAUAAGCGGCCUCCAAAUGUCGCUGAAAGGGGUUGCCGUGGACUUCGCUGCAAGUCUUAAAGCGCCUCGACAUGAUCCCAAGCUUAGCUCUUCUCGACAGCCCAAUACUGUAAGUGGUCCGAUUGUAAUCCUCAUAGCUCAUCGGCGGACCAAUCCCGGGGACCUUUUGGCCGUUAUCGUGGAACAGAGGACAUGGUAUAGCUACGACUACGCUCCAUUCUGGGUUGUGGAUCUGUUUAAUAUCAAUAGAUGGAUGAUCGUAUCGUCCAUGAUACAACUAGGCAUGUCAUGGUGGCAAGCCUGGAUUUGCGUCUGGCUGGGGUAUGGAAUAGCCACACCGUUCCUCGUGUUGAAUGCGCGUCCAAGUGCUGUACUCCAUGUUACAUUCCCUGUCGUUAACCGUACGAGCUUCGGCAUAUUUGGAAGCCUGUGGUGUAUCUCUAAUCUGGGCGUAGUGUGUGGUGCCCCAUAUGGUAUGGUGUGCAGUCUAGCAUAGGAGGAACCUGUGUCCUUGUUAUGCUGCGGAUUAUAUGGCCCAGUGUGAAUGAUAUAGCUAAUUCAAUGCCAGCCUCUUCGGAGAUAAACACUC